AUGAGACUCUCUGAUAUUUCCACAGACAACAGCAGUUGCUCUUUUCCUACACAUUCCGUGUCCGAUUAUAAUAGUGUUAUCCGUAGUUUUGGCGACGGGCUCAGCUUUGGCUAUCAUUUAAUUAGUUUGGUGAGCUGCGAGUAUCCGUUGCCUAACUCUUCCCUCUUCACGCAUCUCACUGGUUGCGAGCAAUAUAGCAAAUAUACAUAUAUAAACGUCGGGAAGCUGCGUGUCAAAGAUAUAGGCCAUAUGUGCACAAUAGACACUGUACCGGCAAUAUCUUGGCGCUUUGCAUAUUGGUACAAUGUGUCACUGUCUGAAAUCCAUCAGUAUCUGCUAUAUGGAUUUAAUCUAAAUUGGCAAGGAUUAAUAUGUAGCUAUGGCCAAGGAGGUGUCGAUCCGUAUCAGCUAGUUAAUUGCCGCCGUUCAUCGCUUCAACGUAAAUGGGACUACAUCAAGGACUCCUUCCUAUCACCUAAAGAUUGGCUUCCCGGUGCUCAAUCCGUUGGCGAGAUGAUCCAAACGAUUGUAGAUAUUAGAUACCAAUUUAAUGCUUCUAAUUCGGCAAUUGUUUACUUGGAACUAAGAUUCAUCGUGGGGUUUCUUUGCGCGAUGGGGUUCCUGAUCUACAAAUUCCGAAGAAGGCAUUUGUCCGCGUACGAGGAAAUAGAGAGCUUCCUACAAAGUGACAACCAUUUGUCCCCCAUCAGGUACUCCUAUUCAGACAUAAAGAAGAUGACUAGAAAUUUUCGAGACAAACUAGGUGAAGGUGGCUUCGGCUCUGUUUACAAAGGAAAGCUUCGGAGUGGCCAUUAUGUAGCAGUCAAGCUAUUAAAGGCCAAAAUAAAUAACAAAGAUGUCAUCAAUGAAAUCGGAACAAUUGGGAGGAUCCAUCAUGUCAAUGUUGUUCAAUUGUAGGAUAUUGUGCAGAGAGAUCUAAGCGUGCUCUUGUACUCGAUUUCAUGCCAAAUGGCUCUCUUGACAAGUACAUCUUCAAACAAAAAAAAAAGCAUCUUCGCUGGAUUGGGGUAUGAAAUUCAAGAUUGCAGUUGGAGCGGCCCGAGGGAUUGAGUAUUUGCAUAGUGGUUGUGAUAUCAAGAUCUUGCAUUUUGAUAUCAAGCCCCACAAUAUGCUUCUUGAUUACAAGUUUGUCCCCAAGGUCACCGAUUUCGGGCUAGCAUAAAGUUUGUCCCCAAGGUCACCGAUUUCGAGCUAGCAAAGUUAUGCUCCAUAGACAAGGAGGUGGUGACGAUGACGGCUGUUAGAGGCACCGUAGGCUAUGUUGCUCCGGAACUCAAUUGCAGAAGCAUUGGCCAAGUGUCUCACAAGGCCGAUGUGUAUAGUUUUGGGAUGUUGUUAAUGGAGAUGACAGGUGUAAACAACAAGGAUGAUCCAAACAAGUAUUUCCCGGAUUGGAUAUAUGAUUGCAUUAAUAAAGGUGAGGAGCUUGGAAUUGUUGAAGAGGACAACAAUGUUGAUGAUGUGAAUGAGAAUGGAAAGAAUGUCGUUAAGAAGAUGGCAAUAGUUGGCUUGUGGUGCAUACAAAUGAAUCCUGACAAUCGACCAUCAAUGAAUAAAGUGUUGGAGAUGUUGGAAGGUGACGUUGAAGAUUUGAAGAUUCCAGAGCAUCCAUCUCACUUAGUUAAUGAGGCCAAGAGUUGGGCUGCGGAUCACAGUCAGAGUCGGAUUAUGACAGUGAUAGUAUAUUGAUUAGUAUAGCAUGAAUAUGUAUGUAUUCCCACUGUUUUUGCUUGAAAGGAUCAAGCAUAUUUGUAUCAAA